UAAAAAAUAUGGCUUCCUUAGUGUUGAUAAUGCGUGAUAUUCCCUCAAAAGCCCGUAAAUCGUGCUAAGAGUGUGCAAAAGUGGCUGAAUAUGCAGAGUGCGUUGCUCGGCUGGGUCUGAAGUCGUUGAGCACCUGCUGAAGAGGUCAGGAUUGGGGCGCGUCUCCCGUCGCAUGGGAUGCGUGGUCUCCCGAGGACAUUCUAGGAGUGUCCCUGUCCCCACACCAAAGUAGCACGCGCCCGGCGCCCAGACAGUGAGAACUGUGCAUUGAUAAGGACGAUAAGACGAGUGGUAUGCGAAAAUGGCAGUGGCCGGAUCGUCGGACGCUGCCGGAGAGCUUUGCGCCGCCAGUGGAAGCAGCACGGCGGGCUGGACGGAGUUCUGCGAGCGCCACGCCAGAGCGGCCGCGUCGGACUUCGCCAAGUCCUGCGUCCACUACAUGGCUAGCAAUUUGCCCGAGGCGGCGCGCAGCACGAUAUCGCACAGGGACUUCAUGAGGAAGUUCAUCGAGUGCUUCUCAGAUCACUUCGACACGGAGUACAAUCGACGGAGGGCGCAUCACAAGACUGGAAAUGGAAAUGCCAUUGUUCUUGAGGAGAGCGACUACUCAGAAGACACGGAAUCACCUAAAAUUACGCACAAGCCUUUCUUCAGGCGGCUCUCGUUCAAGGGACUCCGCAAGGGGAAGGCCUUCUUCCACAAACAACACUCAGACGAGGCUGAACUGGCCACGGCGCGUCAGUCCAAGACGAAGCUCUCGAAGAUCGUCGUGGAGUGCCGAAAGGAGGGCUAUGUGAACUACUUGACGCCGGAGAGCCUCGACCAGCCGGGAGGGAUUCACAAGUGGGAGAAGUGUCGCCUGGCGCUCGUGAAGACCGUCGGUGGAUACAUGCUAGAGUUCUAUUCACCUCCAAAGUCACAAAAGCCUCGCAGCGGGGUUUUCUGCUUCCUGAUAUCGGAAGCGCGGGAGACAACGGCUCUAGAGAUGCCGGAUCACGAGAAUACGUUCGUGCUGAAGGCGGACAACAACAUGGAGUACGUGAUUGAGGCUCACGACACGGACGACAUGCGAAGUUGGCUGGCGACCAUUCGGUAUUGCAUGAGAAGCACUCCAACCAGUCAACUUCCACCAGCUGAUCAGACCCUGUCGUUGGUCAGCGCGGCGCCAAAUGCCACCGCAACGCCCAUUCCUGGGCCCGAUGUCACCUCCAGUCCGGCGCCGGAGAUUCCGCCGCGACGCGCUGGCGAGAGAAUCUCGUCGUCCAGCAACUUCGAGCUGACCGAGGGCGAUCUCGAGCCUGUCCAUGAGACUGAUACCGAUCUGACAGCCAUGAUGCGCGAGUAUCCGUGGUUCCACGGAACACUGCCGCGCUCGGACGCUGCCCAGCAGGUUUUGCAUGGUGGCGCCGGUGGGCACGGAGUGUUUCUGGUCAGGCAGAGCGAGACGCGCAAGGGGGAAUUCGUCCUGACGUUUAACUUCCAGGGACGCGCCAAGCAUCUUCGAAUGACACUCAAUGAUAAGGGCGAAUGUCGAGUGCAGCACUUGUGGUUCCCAACCAUCACAGAAAUGCUCGAACACUUCAGACAGAAUCCCAUCCCACUGGAGUCCGGUGGGACGGCGGAUGUGACGCUGACGGAGUACGUGGUGCAUCAGCCGCCAGUCCAAGUGACCUCCACUAUUUCACCGAGACAUGUGAGAUAGCCCCAAAUGAGGCGCCUUACAUUUCCAAAUUGUCGUCAAAUCAGUCCGACUCCAAAUAUCAUCACAAUUGGCGGGAGUGUCAGAGUGAAGACUUGUGAUCUGGAGCUGCCACCUCUAAUUGUCCAAGCUCCCACUCCGACACAAGCAUCACAGCCGCAUUCAUCACAGAGUAAUUCAGACAAUGACACCGGACGCGCCGUCAGCAAUCAGUACAGUUUUGUCUAGUUGCAGUCCGCGCAAUGGUGGAAAUUACACGAUGCCAAUUUCAAGUCACAACUUUAUUGUGGAUUGCGGUGAGAUAUUGUAUAUUUUAAUCCCUCAAAUUUAUCGUCAUUUCUCUUCACUUUGUGCAGACACUAAAGAGAAGGAAUAGUGUUGAGGCGGCUCAGCGCUUGGCUGGGAGCUCUUUCGGCUCAUCGCUGAGCCACCUCGUUAAUUUAUGUAUCAAUUUAAAGUGCCAUAGCUCUACAACAGAUUUCUUACGUGAAUUUGAGUAUGCAUAACAUUUGGCGUGGCGCAGGGAUGAGUCACAAAGUUUAGGAUCUUUGUAAAAAGAGAAAUAUUGAUUGAUAAUAUCAAAUAAUAGUCUUGGUAUGGAUGUGAAAAAGCAUAUAUUGUAGCAUUUUGAGCUGAAACUCUUGUCUAGGUUUUCUUCUGAGUCUAUUCUUGAAUGUCUACAAAAAAAAACCAACAGACAGACUAUCAUGGGCGUAGGCAGGAUUCGAGCAAGAAGGCGGCAAAUCAAUAGUAUAAAUUCUUCUAGAAAUGCAUCUUAAAGGGAAAGUCCACCCCAUUUGAUGGGACAGCCAAUAGUUCCUCAUGAAGAAGUUGAAUAUUUAUGCUUUAGACUGGUUUUGGUUACCUUU